AUGGAGACGGAGCUCCCUUCAACGAGUGCUAGCGCUCUGGCGGCUUGUAAUACAGUAGCCAGCAGCAGCGCUGAAGUCCCAGACUUCACAGAACUUACGCCGGAGUUGCUGCAGCGUAMAUUAUACUUUCUGGUGGAUCAGCUAAAGCAAAUGCACGCACAGCUGCCAGAAAAUUACCAAAUACGUAUAUCAUAUGAGCUGCUUACCGAGCUAGCCAACUCACUGCUGAAUGAUACAAUCUUUGAAAUUGUCAAAGGACUGAUGGAAAUACAAAAUGUGACAGAGAAGCAUUUGCUAACGCUACGCAAACAGGUUGAGACAGAUUUUGAGCUGGAAAUGCAAGAGUGGCGUAGUAAAAUUACCGAUCCGGAGGAAUUAAGUCACAUAGAGCAGCUUAUGCAAGUGAAACAUAGCAAAAAAAUGCGUGAAACUGAUAUGAAAUUAGUUGCAUUGCUAGAUCAGAAGGUGCGUGAUCAGCAGAGCACUUUACAUAAAGCUGGGGUGGCUGGCUUUUAUGUCACCGAUAAUGCAAAAGAAAUCAAAAUACAAAUGUUUUUGCUGGAUUUCAUUAUUCGCUUGAGCAGGAUCAAAUUUGAACCAAAUAAAUAACAGGAGGAGUAAACGUGGCUUUCACGUUACUUCAGCAAAUUAGUGAAUUAAUAUUUAUUUUAUGUUGUAAACUGCUAACAGCUGCCUCUUGUUAAUUAAUAAGAAAUCAAUAAGAAAGCAGUUGAUUUGCCCAAAA